AUGCACUGGACCAAGGACAUCAUCGCCCUGCGUGCCCAACAGCGCACACUUCAGAUCUUCGACCUCGGCGCAAAGGCCAAGCUCAAGUCGGCCACCAUGAACGAGGACGUCGUCUUCUGGAAGUGGUACAGCGACAAGAGCUUGGGUCUAGUCACAGAAACUAGUGUCUACCACUGGGACAUCUUCGACCCCAGCCAGGCCGCUCCCGUAAAGAUGUUUGACCGCAACUCAAAUCUGGGCUCGCAGAUCAUCAACUACAGAGUCAGCCACGACGAGAAGUGGAUGGUUGUUGUCUCCAUCUCCUCGGCAGGAGGUCGCGUCGUUGGAAACAUGCAACUCUACUCUCGCGACCGUGGUAUCAGUCAGGCAAUCGAGGGUCACGCUGCUGCUUUCGGUACUAUUCGCUUGGAGGGUGCACCCGCAGACACCAAGGUCUUCACCUUCUGCAAUCGCACUGCCACCGGCGCCAAGCUCCACGUUGUCGAGAUCGACCACCAGCAAGGCAACCCCGUAUUCCCCAAGAGAGCCGUCGAUGUCUACUUCCCGCAAGAAGCCGCCAGCGACUUCCCCGUCUCCAUGCAGGUCUCGGAGAAGUACAAGGUCAUUUAUUUGGUGACCAAGUACGGUUUCAUCCACCUGUACGACUUGGAGACCGGCACCGUCAUCUUCAUGAACCGCAUCUCGAGCGAGACCGUCUUCACCACUUGUCCCGACAGCGAGUCUUCCGGUAUUGUCGGAAUUAAUCGCAAGGGUCAAGUCCUGUCUGUCAGCCUUGACGAGAACACCGUCAUUCCUUACCUGUUGCAGAGCCCCGAGAACGCCGAGCUUGCUUACAAGCUGGCCUCGCGUGGUGGCCUCCCUGGUGCUGACCAACUAUACCAGCAGAGAUUCGAACAACUUCUGUCCUCCGGUCAAUACGCCGACGCCGCAAAGACCGCUGCCAACUCUCCCAAUGGCUUCCUCCGCACACCUCAAACCAUCGAGCGCUUUAAGGCCCUGCAGGCCCAACCUGGACAACUCUCUGUCAUUCUCCAAUACUUCGGUAUGCUGCUCGACAAGGGCAAGCUCAAUCAGCACGAAACUCUCGAGCUGGCAAGACCCGUUCUGCAGCAAAACCGCAAGCACCUUCUCGAGAAGUGGAUGAGCGAGGGCAAGCUUGGUUGCUCUGAGCAGUUGGGUGAUAUUGUCCGCCUGCACGACCUGAACCUGGCCAUGCAGAUCUACAGGGAGGCCGGAUGCCCUCAGAAGGUCAUCGCUGCAAUGGCAGAGUCGGGCAACUUCGACCAAAUUCUUUCAUACUCCAAGGAAGCUGGCUACACACCCGACUUUAACGCUCUUCUUCAGCACAUAGUUAGAGUCAACCCUGAGAAGGGUGCCGAGUUCGCAACUGCUCUGGCUAAGGAGGACGCCAACCUCAUCGACACAUCUCGUGUUCUCGACGUCUUCAUGGCCCAGGGCAUGAUCCAGCAGGCUACUGCAUUCGGUCUUGACGUUCUCUCGGCAAACAGAGAAGAGGACGGGCCCCUCCAGACUCGCCUGAUCGAGAUGAACUUGAUGAACGCUCCCCAGGUUGCUGAUGCUAUCCUCGGCAACGAGAUGUUCACCCACUACGAUCGUCCUCGCAUUGCCACACUUUGCGAGCAGGCUGGCCUGUACACAAGAGCUCUGGAACACUACGAGGAUCCUGCUGCUAUCAAGCGUGUCAUUGUCCAGUCUGACAAGAUUCCUGAGGAGUUCUUGGUCAAUUUCUUCGGCAAGCUCACUCUUGAACUGUCGAUGGAGUGCUUGGACGAGAUGCUCAAGGUCAAUAUCCGCCAAAACCUCGCCGCCGUUAUCAACAUCUCAAAGAAGUACUCUGACUUGUUCGGUCCCCACCGCAUCAUUGCCCUGCUCGAGAAGUACAGAACUGCCGAGGGUCUCUAUUACUACCUUGGCGGUAUUGUCAACUUGAGCGAAGACGAGGAAGUCACCUUCAAGUACAUUGAGGCCGCUACCACUAUGGGCCAAAUUCAAGAGGUGGAGCGUGUCUGCCGAGAGUCUAACCACUACAACGCAACCAAGGUGCGCGAUUUCCUCAAGGAGGCCAAGCUCACCGAGCAGCUUCCUCUUAUUAUUGUUUGCGACCGCUUCAACUUUGUUCACGACCUUGUUUUGUACCUCUACAAGAACCAGCACUUCAAGUCUAUUGAAGUUUACGUCCAGCGUGUCAACCCUGGUAGAACUCCUGGUGUUGUUGGCGGUCUUCUUGACGUCGAUUGCGACGAGAACAUUAUCAAGAACCUUCUGAGCUCGGUCGACUCGACUGUUGUCCCCAUCGACGAGCUUGUCUCAGAGGUCGAGUCGAGAAACCGCCUGAAGCUCCUGCUGCCUUUCUUGGAGGCUACCCUCCAGGCCGGUAACCAACAACAAGCUGUUUACAAUGCGCUUGCCAAGAUCUACAUCGACAGCAACAACGAUCCUGAGAAGUUCCUCAAGGAGAACGACAUGUACGACACUUUGACCGUCGGUAAAUACUGCGAGAAGCGUGACCCCAACCUCGCAUACAUUGCCUACCGCAAGGGCCAGAACGACCUUGAGCUUAUCGAAAUCACCAACGACAAUGCCAUGUUCAGAGCUCAGGCUCGUUACUUGCUUGAGCGUGAAGACCUCGAGAUCUGGAACUACGUUCUUAGCUCGAACAACAUGCACCGCCGUUCUCUCGUCGACCAGGUUAUUGCUACUGCCGUUCCUGAGUCUCAAGACCCCGAGCGUGUUUCGAUUGCCGUCAAGGCCUUCAUCGAUGCCGAUAUGCCUACUGAGCUGAUCGAGCUGCUCGAGAAGAUCAUUCUUGAGCCUUCCGCUUUCAGUGACAAUGCUAACCUUCAGAACUUGCUCAUGCUCACUGCUUGCAAGUCCGACCGUGCUCGCGUCGGUAACUACAUCCAGAACCUUUCCGAAUACAGCCCCGAAGACAUUGCCACCCAAUGUAUCGAGGUUGGCAUGUACGAGGAGGCAUUUGAGAUCUACAAGAAGCACAACAACCACACUGCUGCUACUGAUGUUCUCGUUGACCACGUAAGUACCAUUUCCUCAGCUUACGACAUCUCAGGAAGCGCAAGCGCAAGAGCGACGGCCAUCGAAAUGCACGAAGCGAAACGAACGACAGCCGUCUCCAGUGAAAGCCAGCAUUGUCCUAGCCAAUGGUUGCGCUCUCAUUGGAGAACGGUAUCUACUCGAAUGGUUUCGCGCGUUCCGAUGGUAUUCCAUGUCUUGAGAGUGCUCUCCUGA